GGUAUUCUAAUGCCAGUUGGAGACAUGCUUAUUCAGAAGACAAUUAAAAAGGAAGCUGUCCUUGAAGAAGGUACAAUUGCUUUUAAAAAUUGGGUUAAAACAGGCACAGAAGUUUACAGACAGUUUUGGAUCUUUGAUGUGCAGAAUCCAGAGGAAGUAGCAAUUAAUAGCAGCGUAAUUAAAGUUGAGCAAAGAGGUCCUUACACGUACAGAUUGACAACUUACAAUCAAAUAUAAUGAAGUAACAGUGCUUAUGAGGGUAAUGCCUGCUGCCUAGUAUCAUGAUCAAUCAGUUGCAAAGGCCUAUUGACUGUUCUGUCCUAGUAACUAUCCUCAAAUUCCCUGUCUCCAGGAACAUGUCUGUGACUAUUCACAACUCUGUCAAAUAAAAGUUGAUUGUCCUUGUUACAGAAAAAAGU